CCUGUCCGGUAGUUACUGGCAGUGCGAGCGAACUGCGAACCAAAAGUGGAAAGGGGUUGUGUAUUGGUUAUAAAUUUGAAUUCAUAUUAUUCUGAACUCUGAAUGUAUUGAAAGUGAAACAACCAUAAGUAAAGAAAAGCCAUCUGCACCAUGGAAAUUACGCGGCAUAGUAAGUGCUAAUAGAUUUUUUUCAUCAUGUAUUCUGAUUUGGCCACACAUUUCUUUAAUAUAUAAUUAUACUAUUAUAAUGUACAUAAUAUUAUAGUUGACUAUACUAUACUGUCAUUAUACUAUACUCUAUAUUAUACUAUAUUAUACUAUAUUAUACAUUAUUUCAUGAUACUAGGUACUUUGAUUAGAAAAUUAAAACUUUUUGUAAAAUAAACCAAUGGCAUAGUUGAAUAGAGCUAAUUUUUUAAAGAAUUAUAACACCAAAAUCAUAUUUUUAUCUGUUGACACUGUUGUUUUAAAGUUAUGAAUUUAAAAAAAUUAAAGUUUGACUUAAUUGACUUAAUUUGUCCUUUUUUAACAUUGACCACAUCCCCACAUUCUGUCACCCAAUUCUGCAGUUUGCGUCACGAGCUCUUGUUUUAUUGAUAAUUUUAUUUUCAGAACUAAUGCUGUAUUUAAAAUAAUUUUAACUUUAACCCAUUUAAUACGUUUCGCGGCAUUGUGCGUCACCGCGAUUUUGGCAGAGUACGUUUAGCCACUCUCUGCGUCACCACUGGUUUGUUUCAUUUUAUUAGUAUUCCAACUUUUCCAUUCAACUAUUUUAUUAUAUAGCUUAUCAAACUUUUAUUCAGAAGAGUUCCACUUCCUUUUUGUUGAAUUUCAAACCGAAUAACCCACGUUUUGUGUAUUUUGUGCUAGUUUUUCUCACUUAAAAAUUUGUAAACAAAAAACAGCUGAUUGUCUGAUUGUAAUGGCUGCAUCGAAUAACACUGCUAGUUCUAAUCGAUAAGGAUUUCGAUCUAUGACUGCCGAUGAGGCAAGUAAAUUGAUUUGCCUGGAUGAUUCAAGUUCAAAUGACGAUAAAUCUGACGACAGUGAUAGUGAUUCCGAAAAUUUAUUAUUUGAGGAAACUAGUGAUGAGGAAUAUAUUACGCCUACAAAGAGACAAAAAUUAUCCAUUGGAAAAGGAAAAGGAAAAAAAAAAAAUCAACACCAACUAGGCCUAGUUCAAGUUCUACUAAUUCUGUGGCUUCAACUUCAAAGCAUAAUUCAUCUUCAUCUAAAACUAGUCAAUCUACUUGUUCAAAUUAUUUCCCUACUGAGACAGAGUGGUCCGAAGUCCUAACAGGACAAACUGAAAACAAUUUCCGAUUUCAUCCCCUUAGAAAUCCUGGAGUUUGCCCUAAACUUCAAAACAUUGUAAACCCUACACCUAUUAACUUUUUCAAUGAACUAUUUGAUGAUAAUGUUAAAGAUUACAUUGUUGAAUCUAUAAAUGCCUAUGCUAUGCUAAAAAGAAAGUUCACAUGAACACACCUGCACUUAGACGCUCUGUCUUUAGUCGAUGGGUGGACAUAUCAAGGCAGGAGCUAGACAAAUUUAUUGCUGUUCUCAUCUACAUGGGGAUGUAUAAAAGGCCAGCUAUUUCUGAUUAUUGGUCUAUGUCUGCUGAAUCCUAUAUUCCAUGGAUACACCAUGUAUUCAACAGACAGAGAUUUCAGGACAUCUAUCACUCCAUGCUACACUGUGGCGAUGAAAAUUCCGAAGGGAAAGAUAAAAUUGAACCAUUUAUGAACUUACUCUUGAAUAAGUUUAGAAAUGCAUUCUACCCUUUUCAGGAACUUAGCAUAGAUGAAAUGGUAAUAGGCUUCAAGGGCAGAUGGCAAUUCAAACAAUAUAAUGCCACUAAGCCUAGCAAAUAUCUAAAGACAUUUGGCCUGUGUGAUUCCUCAACAGGUUAUGUUGUUGAUAUUUUGACCUAUUUUGGGGGCAAUACCUCCUAUAACCCAGAAACAGAUACAGAUGGAGGACAGGCUGUGCAAGUUUUUCAUACUUAACUGCAGCAUGUGGGUACUGGACACAAAAUUUUUGUUGACAGAUAUUAUACGUCAAGAAAACUUGUUGACUACCUGGUCUACCUUCUUGCCAAAAACCAAUACUACACAGGAACACUGAAUAUCAACCGCAUUGGAUUUCCACGACAUAAAAUCUUUAUCUUUACAGCAAAAAAAAUGAAGUGGUAUAUAAACCAAAACAAGAGCAUGCUCUGUGUUGCUUUCAGGGACAAAAAGGCAAACAAAAAAUGUCAUAUUGGUGUCCACAGAUGCUAGGGUACAAGUUACAGAAACAAACAAAAAAUGGAUAAACCGGAAAUGAUAGACAUUUAUAAUCACAAAAUGAAUGGCUGCGAUAAGCUAGACCAAAAAGUAACAUAUUACUGUGUUUAUGAGUGAAAAACAUUGAAAUGGUGGGAAAAGAUUUUUUUCUAGCUGUUAGAAUUACCCAGGUGAACUCAUACAUUUUGUUUUUACUCUGCAAAUCAGCAGAUGUAAACAGAGUAAAAAUGAGUCUAAAACAGUAUAAACUUAUGUUGAUGCGUCAGCUAACUGAGGAAGUAGCAUUAAAUCAAGUACUAAAAGCACCAGGAAAGGGUCCAGAGACCAGAUGCCUCGAAAAGUCCAAUGAUGCACAGCACAUUGUUGAUUAUGAUGAAAGGGACCGAUCUUGCGCAUAUUGCUCAACUGCAACAAAGCGAGUACGCACACAUUUCUAUUGUACUGGGUGUGAAGCCAAACCCCAUCUCCAUCCUUCAAGGCCUUUCAUUUAAAAUAAUAGCUUCAUUUGUGUAUAUAUUUAGUAAAUAUGUGUAAAUACUUGAGUAUAACUAUUUUUAUUGUUGAAUUUUUGAAGAAAAAAAUUUUAACACGUGUCUUGGGAAAGAAAUUCAUAACUUUACAAUUUAUGGAGCUACUGCAAUGAAACUUUCCAGUUGUUUUGGAUGUAUCAUAAGACUCAUUUUAAAAAAAAAUGAACUUGAUUGGAUUAUUGUUACCUGAUUUCUGAGCUGGUGAGUAAAGCAAAUAAAAAAAAAAAAUUAAUAAUUUUUUACAUAAACCUGCAAUAAUACCCCCAAAAAUUUUCUUUGGGUAUUUCUUUAUCACUUUUUUUAUACUAGAAACAUAUUCCUUUUUCAAUUACCUACAUUUGGAUAUGCAGCAUGAUAUAAUUUUGAUAAAUAGCAAAACGGAGCUUUUCAGUUUAAAAUCAUCAGGUCAAAUAGAAAUUUAGUUCCAAAAUUUUACUGCGUUCCCUUAAAAAAAUUGUGACGUAUUGAAUGGGUUAAUAAUGUUUACAAUUAUAAAUAAAUUGUAGCUUAUCUAACUAUGCACUAUUUAAUUUAUAUCAGAAAAUUUAAUAUAAUGUAUUAAUAUACUGCUUUUCUGUUUACCAAAUCUACGACGUCCAUUAUAAAUUAUACCGAUAUAUGCUAUAUAAUAUAGUCUAUAUAAGGCAACUCAUGCCCUAAUUACUAAAAUGCUAUUUGGGAACUAUUGAACUUUCAAUUUUGGUACAUGAAUAAUUAAUUAAAGCUUUCCCUGACCUCGUUAAUAGUUUUUGCACACGGCAAACUUUUAUGAAUGAAAACUCUGAGAUAGUAGUAAAUAAUAGCCAUUAUGCAAGUCACCCUGAAUGGCCGCCAUGACAUUUUGCACACGGCAAAUUAUUAUCAUUUAUAAUAUGGACUCUGCCGGGUUUUUUAACCUAAAAUUCAAACAUUAUUCUUUCAAUAACAUUUAAGUGCAUUCUAAAACAUAAGUUAUCAAAUAUUUUGAUGUAAAUAGUGGAAAUAAUUGAAUAUUUCCAAAGUAACGGCGUCUUCCGUCAAUGAAAGGGGGUGUGGCCACUUCCUUAUCGAAAUUGGGCUCAGCUACAUUACCAUAUAGGGGUUUACUCAAAUGAGCAUAACAAGUGACCGACAUGUCCUAACUCAAUGAGAAUUGACACAAAUACACAUCGAUAGAUAAUACAGAAUAAGACUUUUUUUAAAAGACAUAAAAGUUGAACUUCUAUACUGUUAUGGUGGACUAGCGGACUGGCCCGUACCGAUAGCCAGCCAAGGAAACAGUGCGCAUGCGCAGAGAGACUGGAGAGAGUGUGUGUGUUUAUGAACCGUGUUCCGGAGGCAAGCAGAAAGUCAACACCUGAAUGAGAACUUGUAUUUAUGUAUAUAUGUGUUUAUGUUACUUGUUUGAAAUAAAAACAUUGAAAACAUAACAAAAUGGUGGCCAGUAUAAACAUAACAGUGUGGUAUCGAGCAGCAUCAACAACACAGUAUGAUGGUCAGUAUUAACUCAAUACAAAACUCAGUACAACCGAGUGAUAGCUUGAUACACACGAGAGAGUUUACGGGAUGGAGGAGGUAAAUACACAAUGGAGUCAAAUCUGACCCAAGCUGACAUUAUCCAGAAGCUCAUACAGCAGAAUGAGCUACUUUUGAAACUAGCAACAGGUAAUACGGCUACUAAUAUGAAGUUUACACAUUUCAAUAGUAACGAGGAAACGUUCACAGACUACUACGCUAGAUACGUUACCUUCGUGUUGGCAAAUACUGUGCCAAAGGAAAGGCAGGCACUCAUUUUUUUAACAAGCCAGACGCCAGAGCUGCAUAAAAUGUUAUUAACCAUCGUACAUCAAAAAGAACCACCACAAAAUUUAAAUGACUUGAAUAUAGAAGAAAUUUAUAGAAUAAUGAUGGAUCAAUUUGACCCCACCAAAUUUGUAAUCAGGGAAAGGUUCAAAUUUUGGUCUGAUUCUAGUAGAAAACCGGGGGAAAUAAUCAAAGAAUUGGCAGGUAGGAUCAGACAGGAUGCAGCGAAUUGUGAGUUUAGUAAAAUCAAAAAUCCUCUAGAUGAAGCUUUAUGAACAAGAUUCAUGUGCUCUGUAAAGAACGAGGCUGUAUUGAAAAUUUUGUUUCGGAUGAAGGACACUGAACUGUCAUUCAACAAGGCAGUAGAAAUAGCUGUUGAAACAGAGGAGGCAGCGAAAUGUGCUAAAGAAGCAGUCCAUGAAGAAACGCCUAUCAAUAAAAUUCAGACACAAAGAAAGAAGCAACAUCAGACAGCAGAGAAAUUUUCUCCAUCUCAAAGACAGGAUUUUCCGAGUGGAACUUGUGGCAGGUGUGGAGUAAGAGGCCAUAAAGGAAAUGUCUGCAGGUACAAAGACGUGAUCUGCCGCUUUUGCCACAAGAUGGGACAUCUGGAAAGAGUUUGUCUAAAUAAGAAAGAGAAUGCUCCAAAACAGAAACCGAUUCAUCUAAAAAGAAUAAGAAGGCAAAACCAAAUGAAAACUAUCCCGCCCAUUAUUCAAGAACUCAUUUUAGAAGGAAAGAGGUUUGCAUUUGAAAUUGACACUGGAGCCAGAGAAAAUUUUAUGUCUGAAUCUGUUUGGCAAAAGCUGGGACAACCAACCUUGAGCCUAGUGUCUGUUAAGUACGAGUCAGCGUCUGGUGACCUACUUAAUGUUUUGGGAAGUGUGCAGAUAAAGGCUGAAGCAGGGGAAAUAACUACAAAUCUGUCAUUUAUAGUAGUGAAAAACCACAACUUAAAUUUGUUGGGAAGAACGGCAAUAAAGAACCUCAAGAUUUCGAUAGACACAAUGUUUCAAACAAGGACAAAUCACAUUGCUAAUCAAAACUCAUUGAUUAAAGCUCGUGAACAAAUCUGUAAGUCAACUGAACAUUGCAAUGCGGAUGCUCUUAGUCGUCUACCCUCAGGGCCUGAUGACCUAUUUGAUGGUGAAGAAAGUGAAGCAGACAUAGAUUCUGUAUGCAUGAUCAAACAAAUCAGUUUACAGAUCAGACCAACAGACCCAGGAGUCCUUACUAAAGAGUCACUUAAAGAUUCUUCUGUGUCUACAGUAAUGAGAUAUUGUCAUGAGGGCUGGCCGUCCUCUACAAACAAAGGACACUUGAACAAGGAGGCAGCUAAUAUAGCAGCUUUUAAAAAUAUUCAAGACUCACUCUCCGUGGAGUCGAAUUGUCUAUUUUAUGGUUCAAGAAUUGUGGUACCAAAAAUACUACAAGCUCAAGUUCUCCAAAUCCUGCCUACAGAACAUUUUGGAAUCGAGCGGAUGAAACAGUUAGCAAGAUCAUCUGUAUAUUGGCCCGGACUUGAUACUCAAAUCAUGGAGAUAGGUCGAACAUGCCAGGCAUGUGCAGAACACGCCAGAGACCCAAACAAAGCAAGUAUCCACCCAUGGAUGCUGUCAGAAAAACCAUGGAGUCGAGUGCAUAUCGACCAUGCCAUUAACUUUAAGGGAUCACAUUGGCUGGUGGUGAUAGAUGCUUAUUCAAAGUACCCGUGUAUCCACAGGACAACAUCUACAUCGACCAAAGCCACCAUUGAUCUUCUGGAGGAAGAUUUUGCUCAUUUCGGCUAUCCACACACCAUAGUCAGUGACAAUGCUACUUGCUUCAUCUCAGAAGAAUUUCAGCGUUGGUGUAAGGAGAGGGGUAUUGUACAUCUUGCAGGCGCUCCCUACUAUCCUGCUACGAAUGGAGCUGGAGAACGACUGAUUCAAAGUUUCAAGAGUUCACUAAAGAAAUCCUCAUUACCUUUAAAGGAAUCUCUACAAGGCUUUCUGCGUCAGUAUCAUAGGACACCAUUCGCAGGUGGAUUAUCACCUAGCCAACUGCUGAACAGUCGGCAAAUAAGAACACUUAUUGAUACUCUAGUUCCCUCACCUGCUCAUCUAGCACAGGGACAACAUCUUAAAGAAAUAGCUGUCCGCAAUGGAACAAACAGAAGUCCUAUUCGAUCAUUUAACCGGGGAGAUCCAUCUUACGUCAGAGUAUAUGGAACAGCAACAGACUCUAAACCACGAUGGGCUCCUGGUACAAUCAUCCAAGUUAUGGGUCCACGUCUUUUCAAGGUAAAGAUUUAUCCAAAUGGUCCCAUUUGGAAGAGACAUUUAGACCAACUUCGCCCCAGGUAUGGAGCAGAAGAAGAUACAGAACCAGGUUUGGAUAUAAUGACAGGAAGUCUUUAUCCAACAGCUCAGGCUGCCCUGAGUCAUCAACCGUCUACACAUCCAGCAACUCCAAGUCCACCUAAGAAGAAGAUUAACCCUCGACAUCCAGGACCUUCAGACUAUGUCAUACCCAGGCGAUCUCAAGACAACGUCGAGCACCAUUGUUACUGGACUUGUAAUUGUUCGGGGAGGUGUUAUGGUGGACUAGCGGACUGGCCCGUACCGAUAGCCAACCAGGGAAACAGCGCGCAUGCACAGAGAGACUGGAGAGAGUGUGUGUGUUUAUGAACCGUGUUCCGGACGCAAGCAGAAAGUCAACACUUGAAUGAGAACUUUUAUUUAUGUAUAUAUAUGUUUAUGUUACUUGUUUGAAAUAAAAACAUUGAAAACAUAAAAUAUACAAAUUUUAAAGUGAAAGAUGCCUCACAUUUAAAGGGGAAUCUCAAAAUACAGGUAGAUUGAAAAAUUAAAACAAAUCAAUGUAAAUGUAGGCCAAGAUGUCUACCUAACUAUACGGCCGGAAACGGAACUCAAAUAUAUGUCGAAAGUACUCAUUUAAUAAUAAAUAGACACACACAUCGGAAAAUUAAAAACUCAGAUUUUUCGGCGCCAAUUUCUAUUUCCGAUACACAAAAAGUAGUAGUCUCCCUUGUUUCAUCGAAUUAUCUACAUUGUACAUACUAUAUAAUACUAAUAAAGUAAUAUUAGUAAUUUAUUUAUUAUUAGUUAUUAGUAUAGGCAUAGGCCUAUUUAAUCAAUAUAUUAUAUUUUUAAUUUUAUGAAAUAUUCAUAGUAAUAGCUUCUCAUUGACUCAUUCAUUCAAACAAUUCAUCAUUGGAUUUGGAUGGCAAAUCCGUCAAGUAUUUUAAUUAUUUAAUUAUUAGACUAAGCGUAAUAACUUAAAUAGGCAGUUACAGCGUCGGUUAUGAAAAAAUUUGUACAGUUUCGGUUUGUAGUGCUAUUUUAACGGUCAUUCUUUUAUUGAUGUCCAUUUAAUAGUACAGUGGUGUGAGUGGAGAGGGCCCUGGGUUUUUGGUGGCAUUGAAGGAAAGAGAGAAAGGGUGCUGCUUUCUCAAUGAAGUCUAAUGAAGUGCGAUCACUUUACAGGAGUGCAUAGAAGAGAGUUUUAUCCUUUUUAGCCUUCGAGGCUCACUUAUUGUGUCAAACGUUUGGGCGGGUUAUGCCUUAUGCCAUGCCAACUUAUGCAAACAUAAACCAGAUCAGAUACGAAAUCUAUGAACACUCCGUUGUUCAUGAACAAAAUUUUGUCAAUCCAAAUGAUGCUGGUGUCCAUGCACAGACAGUUGAAAAAAUGUGGAUGCACGCAAAGCACAAACUGAAAAGAUAAUUUGACCCAAGCUGUGAUCUUUUCCCUUCAUAUUUGCAUGAGUUCAUGUCCUGUAAUCAUUUUCUUCAAACUCUAUUUUCCUUUCAUACGUUAAAUUGUUAAAAAUUUUUUACUUGCUUUAGGUACUUUGACAGAAAUUUUAAAUAUUGUCCUAUUGCCAUAUAUAAAUAUUAAUGAUACACUAUUUUAAAGGGCUAUCUAGAACUAUUAGCUUUAUAAAAACAUCAAUUUCAUCUUUCUAGCUUAAAUAGAAGUGGAGUUAUGAUUCUUUUUGGGGAAUUUUUUAAACCCCCCAUUUUUAUCUUUGUAUGUAACAGCAAAAACUUGUGACAGACUUUCCAAAUAUCUGCCUUGUUUUGCCCAAAACUUUUUAUUUUAAAAUAUAUAUAAUACUACCAGAUUUUCAGGAGAUAUUCUCGAAUCUCGAUGCAAUAUAAUAGUUAAAAGUAAAAUUAAUAAAAACUCUGGAAUGUUUUAGGUUGUAUUAAUUUCUAAUAAUAUUGUAAAACUGUUUCUCCUUCAAUCACUGAUUCGUGUUUCAUGGAAUUUUAAAGAUGAACAAUAAUGAAAAUAUUUGUAUAACUUUAUAUUAAAUUGAUAAGGAGAGCCAUUUCUGACAGCUCAUUUUUUAAAAGGGGAGAUAACUGGUGACAACUGACAUUUUCAUUUACACUGUGAAAUCCAUAGCUAUUAUUAACCAAAUAAAGUUGUGAUUAAAUGAAGCACUGGCUCGUGAUUAAAUGAAGCACUGGCUCGCUAAAGCACUAUUUUCUGUGAGUUUGCAUUAAAAAAUAAUUUAAGUACGUACCGAUAUAUAAGAAUAAAUAUGUAGCUACUCACAAAAUAUACCAUGCUGUAAAAAUAAUAUUGAUGUGUUUGGAAAAAUAUUCACUCUAUGUCACUUAUGACAAAAUAAUUUAUUAUUAGAAAACUUUGACUUAAAACAAAAAAAAAAACGAAGUCAUGACUGAGCAGAAUGUCAAAUUACUACAAAAGUUUAUGCGCCAUUUUUUGAUAUGGGACUAACAUAUGGGCGAGUGAUUUUCAAUGUACCUAACUGGAUAAAUUAUUAAAUUUUUCUAUUUUCAAAAUGUUGUCUUUUAUAUAUGUGCUGAGAUGACUAGGCCUUAAAUGUAGAAAAUAAUUUUUUUAAAAAUAUUUCCAUUUAUUUGAAUCAGUAAAAUAAUUUUAUCUUAUCAAUAAAAAAAUUUAACCGUUUUAAUAGCACUUCAAUCCGGAACAACAUGAUUUUUUUUAAAACCAACACUCAAGUGAUAGAUUACCAAUAAGUAUAUUAAGUAUAGUAGUUGGUUUGGAGGGUUACUCAUUUCCCAGGGCUGGCAUUUUGGUUGCCAUGCUAGAAGAGCGGCCAGUACGAUAUUUAUAUGUCUGAAAACCCUGCAAGCAACAGCAAGAGAUUAUACAGGAGAUGUUGUAUGUGGAGGAUUAGAUAAAGAUGGAGGAAACUCUAACUCCAAAUGAGUGGGAUUUGUGUAAAAUGUGAGAAACAGUUCCUUGUUGAAGUCACACAAAAAGAAAAUGAGUCUUUUGAGCCAACUGAGAGCACUGAUUCUGUUAGUGACAAUGAAAGUAGUCUUACACAAUAAAUUUGAUUACAUUAUAUUAAAUCAGAGCUUCUCAACUACGCAGCCACGGUUUCCUCGCAGGAGCAUCACAAGUGUUAAAAAUUACAUAAAAUGUAAUAAGACACGACAUCUAGCGGACUUGGUGCUAACUAGUAGCUCACUUAGUAUUAAUUGUUGGCAGAAGCCCUGAGAAAUUGUUACUACAUCGUGUUUAAGUAAUGAGAAAACUUUGAUGUACCGGUAUAAGCCUGUCCCUGUUUCUGUGCAAAAAUGUGUUUGAAAUCAAAGUUGAAGGGGAAAAAGUAUUUGUAAUUUUCAUGUAAAGAAAAUUUCUUCCUUGAAAUAUGACUGAAAAAGUGAAAGAACUGCUACUGUAAAGUGACUAAAGAAUUAGAUCUAAGAAGCCUUAGGAGUCAUAGUGCCAUUAUUAGCCUUUUCACAAGUGUACAUUCACAGCCAUAAUAAUUAAAAUCCUGUCUUUGAAAAACUUAUUAGUCUCUAAAGUCAUAGUGUGCUGUAAGCCCUGAAGUAGCUUUUGAUGUAUGACAUAUUUGUGUAUCAAGAGACAGUACUAAGUUAUUAUGUAAUAUUAGUUGGUAUUUUUGUAAAUUAUUAUUUUCUAAUUGGGACUUUUCAUCUUUCAGCCCUUUAAAUUCCUUAAAUUUAAGAGUUUAAGAAUUUUAAAGAUUACAUUAUCAAAUAGGCUAUACCUAUUUUUUUGAAUUUAUUUUUUUAUAUCUGCUCUGAUAGUAAUUAAACACAAUUUUAUUAUUCAAAGCAUUCUAUGAAGAACUGGACAACAUCAUCAAAGCAAUAAAUGAAAGCAGCUUCUUAGCAAUAGAUGGGGAAUUCACAGGUAAAUUUGUAAUUGAAUUGUUGUUACAAGAACUAAGGGAAAAAUGUAAAAAAAAAAUUAUAGUUCUAAAAAUUAAUAUACUAGAUAAUAGUAACUAGUAAAUUGUAAUCCUGUUUUAUUUACUUUAAAGAGUAUGAAUAUAUGAAUUUGUGCAAUUUAAUAUCUCUGACAUAUUAGAAAAAGUGUUUGUGAUAAAUAUUUAACUAUUUUACCAUGUGCAUUUGGUAAAUAUGAUAAUCAGAGAAAAUGUUUAAUUUAAACAUGUUAGGUGAGAAAAUACACAAUAAUUUUAUCUAUUGACGACAUAUGACACUUUUUCCUUGUAGGUCUUGACACUGGAGAAUCUGGACACCCUGCACCUUUUGAUACCCCUAUGGAAAGAUACAGCAAGAUUAAAAAUGUAAGAAUGGUAGGCGUAGCAUAAAAGAUUAGCCAUACAUAAAUAUAAACUUACAUAACUGAAUUAAAAUAGCUGAACUAUUAGAUAAUAAUGGUUUUAUUUUUCUUUGUUCCACCAUUCAAAUUUACAUAAGGUUCAAAUGUGUGUGUGUACAUAAUACUUGGAUAUAUAUAUAUAUAUAUAUUUUAUAUAUAUAUUUUAUAUAUAUAUAUAUUUUAUAUAUAUAUAUAUAAAUGUAUAUAAAAUAAUAUAAUAAUAUAUAAUCAAAUCUAUAAACAAUUAAGCACCCAUUCCCAUUUUCUUAAAAGUCAACAUAUUUCCUUAUGGCAAGUAUGGGCUAAGAAAACCCUGAAAAAUCAGGUACUGAUAAAAAGAUUCAGGUAUCUUAAUGACUAAGCACCCAAUUAAGUCUGCCACUUCACAUACAAGCAAAAUCUUUGUUUAAGAUUGCCCCAUGACAAAGUUUAAUGCAGUUUUAUGAAGUGUUUUUUACCUGUCUUGAACAGACUUUUGAAAAUGUAGAGUAGGAAACAUUUUAUAUGUGGGGUAGAGGCAGUCAGACUCUCCACCUCUGGCUUCUGCUCACCAUCUUUUAGCUUUAGAUUCCUUUUCGAAAUUGAGCAGUGCGUGAUGAUUAUCUGAUUAAAGGAUGAUUUGUGAACACAUGUAAUCCAAUAGAGGCUUAUGAUUUAUUGCGACGAUUGUCUUUUUUUUUUUUCCAUGAAAUAAAGGGGGCUUCUGAGUUCUUGCUUGUACAGUUUGGAUUAUGUGCUUUUAAAGCAGAUGCUGAGAAGCAAAGGUAAGUAAAGCAACUUGCACCAUCUGACAUAUGUGGGGGGAAUAUUUUAUAUUUUUGCUUAUGGAUUUAGGCAGAGGUUCUCAAACCUCUUAAAUUGGUCUUAAAAAUGUAUGUACCGUCACAUGCAUAUUUCUAUAUUCAGACUUGAUUUUUGUGAUUGUAAUUUUUUUUCAUCUCUGGGUACCAUGUAGAAGAACAUAUUGUACCAGUAUGGUUACAAACUGAACAAUUGUAGAAUCACUGGCCAAAGGACAUGUUCUUAUGCUCUAACUCACAUUCCUUAUUAGCAUUGUUAUACCAAGUUCAACUCUAGACAAUUUUAUAUUCACUGACAGCCUACUGAUGAUAAACUCUUCCACCUGAUCUAAAAGAUCUUAUAAGGUUUCCAGAAAAUUGUCCUGAAGAGCCUGGUUGACAACAUUGCCCCAACCAAAAUUCGCUUGACUCCGGCAAACUCCCGCUAGACUGGCUUGAUGCAAAUAUCAAUAGUGCCUACAAGAAAGGUGACCGCCAUAACCCAGCAAACUACCGCCCAAUAUCCCUGACCUCCGUCCCAUGCAAAAUUCUAGAACAUAUCAUCUAACGCCACAUCAUGAACAACCUUGAACACUACAUUUUGACCAACCUAAACCACGGUUUCCGCUCUGGGCUCUCAACAGAAACUCAAUUAAUCAUCACCACCAAUGACCUCCUUGCCUUCUUUGACAAAGGUAACCAGGUCGACAUGACAAUUCUUGACUUCUCUAAGGCCUUUGACACUGUUCCAUACAGCUUUCUUCUACACAAGCUCUUCCACUAUGGCAUUACUGGCAACCUUCACUCCAGGCUCUCAACAGUCCUAACACAAUGGAGCAUGCAAGUAGUGGUAGAUGGCGUCUGAUCAGGCAAAGCUUCAAUAGACUCAGGGGUUCCGCAAGGCACAGUGUUGGGCACCCUUCUCUUUCUCUGUCACAUAAACGACCUCCCUGAUACUGUAAAAUCUCAAGUGAGGCUGUUUGCAGAUGACUGUCUUGUCUACAGAGAGAUAAAUGGCUAUGAUGACCACAACCACCUCCAAGCAGAUUUGAAGUAACUUAUGAAUUGGGUGGACACAUAGGGCAUGAAAUCUAACAAAACCAAAAGCUACAUAAUGAGCCUCUCAAGAAAAAAAACAUCAACCUAUAUGUACUCCCUAAACAAGACAAUUCUCCAACAAGUAUCAAAUAAUCCAUACCUUGGAAUUCUCUUCUCGAAUAACCUAAAAUGGUCACCCCAUAUAAACAAAAUUUAAAAAAAAGCCAACUCCACACUAGGUUUCAUUCGAAGAAAUCUGCUCCACUGCCCAACCUCCUGUAAACGAAAUGCCUAUCUUGCACUCAUCUGUCCACUACUAGAAUAUGGUGCGAUCAUCUGGGACCCUACCUAAAGCAAGAUGUGGACAAGAUGGAGCGAAUUCAACGUAAUGCAGUGCGCUUCAUCGCACGUGACUUAAAAUCCGCUACUCCUGGCUUUGUCACUGGCCUCCUAAAAAGAUUUUACAUCCCCUCCCUCAAAGACAGACGAGAAAAGUUCCGCCUAACAUUCCUAUAUAAAGUAGUCAUGGGACUAGUGCCUGCCAUCCCAGCAAACACGUAUCUCACUCCACAGAACCCAGGUCACUUAAUUAGAGCCAAACGAUCACUAAACACUGACUUCAUCUCUAACAACCCCAUAAGCAAUUACAUCCGAAACAAUAGUAAAUGCUUCACUGUGCCUAUGUGUAACACAGUCAAAUUUAAAAAGAAUCAUUUUUCCCAUGCACGAUAAUCACUUGAAACCACCUGGACAAUGCUGCAAUGGACUCGAUAUCAAUCGACAGCUUCAAGGCCACCCUGGCAUCCGCUAGGAGCCGUUAGAAUACCAGCAUCGCUUCCCCAACAGUUGUACAUAUCCCAGUACAUGGAUUCAGCUACGUACCCUACCAGAACCAAAAAAACAGAUGGCAUAAGGCUUUGUCGACCUCAUAGCAGGCCUAUGGCCGAGUCUGGCGGAAGGGUCUUCUCUGGGGGCUAAACAAUUCAGGGAUUCAUGGCAAUAUGUACAAAUGGUUAAAGUUCGUUCUUACUGAUGGUACUAUCCACACACAAAAAAAAUAAGAAAGCCACCUCAUCAAAGUGUGUCCUUGAAGAAGGGGUCCCAGAUGGUUUGUCACUGAGUUGUACCCUAUUCUUAAUGUUCAUUAGUGACCUUUCUGCAAUCUUCACAUUUUAUCCCAGCAAACAAAGAAAUGUCGUUAUCUUCUCCCACUGCAAAGAAUACUUCAGACAACUGAGCAUCAAGAUCUUACAACAGUGAAAUCACUAUUUCUGAAAAUAAACACUUUCCUCAAAACCUAUGCAGUCAGGCUAACCUUACAAUGGAUAUCAAGACACCACAGUAUAUCAGGAAAUGAAAGAGCAGAUAAAGACGCUAGACAGGGAGCAUCCAAUGAACAACCAAACAUACCUACAUCACUCAACACAGCCAAACAUAUCUACAUCACUCAAUACAGCCAAACAUACCUACAUCACUCAACACUGCGACGCAGAUUAUCAGAGCUAAAGAAAAAAGAAGAGUGGUUAAUGGAAGGUCUCGACCCCAAAGACUCAAUAAAUUGCCUCCAAAGAGAUGAACAGGUCAUAAUACUUUUCUUGCGAACAGGAUACAUAAAAUUUUAUUUUCCACAUUAACCUCAUAAAAUCAGAUAAAACACCAAAGUUCCCCCUCUACAGAUACCCAAAUGAGACAGUAAGACAUAUCCCGUUCCAAUUCCUGGUACUGCUAGACUUACACCUAAAUUACCUACCUGAAACAGCUGAUUGGAAUUUAAAUUCUUCACCCUGGCAACAGGCCAAAGGGCACAUGUCCAAAUAGCCCCUGGAUCUGAAUGAUAAUGUUACCAAUACCUAGAGUGAAUCUAGACAAUUUUAAGUUCAGCAAAUAUAUCAAUACCCACAUUCUAUCUAAUUUUAAAACAAUAAAAUUUGUGUGUGUCUAAAACUGUGAUUUAGAUUUAUUCAGGCUAAUAGCCAAUUAACUAAACAAAUAAGAUUUAUGUAGUUUUAACUUUAUUUUGGACCAUUAGUGAGAUAAUGGGCCAACAUUUGAAUGCUUACCACACACAUACCAUAACCCUGCAGUGGUUAAUGUGUUAUAUCAGAGUAAUAAAGUAUUUUAAAAAAGGCAUUCUUACCUAUCUUAAGUGGCCUUGGGCAGUUUUUUAAAAUGCAAACAGUGGGUAUUUUACCCCAGAAUUACCAUUAUCAGCUAGUGUGCUGCCACAUCCAGGUGUGAGCUAGAAAGUGUAUUUUUAAAAAAUUAACAGUUUUUUGUUAUAUACAAGUUUAUUGAAUCAAGCUUAUUAUUUUUAUUAUUCUCAUAUGACUUUCCUUGCAGGUAUGAAGCAAAACCUUAUAGUUUUUAUGUAUUUCCCAAACCACAUGACAGACACUCUCCUGAUAGAAGAUUUCUUUGUCAGGUAAUUUUAGAAAACAUAAGUUCCUUAAAUGGAGAAUAGCUACUUCUUUUUCCUUCUCUGUUAUAAAGGUGAUCAGUGAGGCUAAAAUCACGUUUAUUAUUAUUUUUUAAUGUUAUUGUCAUUGCAAAUAUACCGCUUGUAUGUAAAACAAAAAAAAAGAUUUUUAAGGCAAAAUGUAGUCUGUCAUUUAAAUAAUUAACUUCCAUGACUUUAAUAUUUUUAUGUCAAUUUUUAACAUUUUUUUUAUAGAGCUCAAGCAUUGAUUUCCUCAUAUCCCAAGGCUUUGACUUCAACAAGCUUUUUAAAGAAGGUUAUUAUUUACCAUAUUUGUUAUAGUCAAUUUCUGUUAGUCUAAGCUUAACUUUAUUAUGAUUUCAGAAAUUAUUUAUAAAAUGUCAGGGCACAAAUUAAACAUGCCUAUUUGUUACAGGCUUACUGGCUUAAUGUACCGGUAUAUAAAUUGUAUUAUUUAGGAAUACCUUAUCUAACACCUGACCAAGAAUCAAAAGCCCGGGCUGAGCUUGAGCGUAAGCACGAGGAGGCAAACAAAGGUGGUAACUCUGAAGGCAGCAACAGUUCAAAGAAAAUUCUAGUUCCAGUCCCUGAAGACCAGAAAACUUUUCUUAAUAAUUUAUGGUAUGUGACCCUCGAUGAUUUUCUUUGUGGAAUAGCCUAUUGAAUUUGGGGUUAGAAUUUUUAAGAUCCAACUUUAUUUGAAAGGGGAUUGUUUUGAAAUUAUUACUAAGUAACUGAUAAUAUCUUUAUAGAGUUAUGUCUUGGAAUGAUAAACAAAGUAGUGUUCUUUUGAAUAAUGUAAACACAUACAUUUUCAGCAACAUUACUUUUUUUGUUUGAGUUUCCUCAUCUCAAAUCAUGGCUAUCUAGAUUAUUAAAGUUGUAGCAGUUUUGUAUUUGUAAGGUACUUUUUGUACUGUAGAAACUUAUUUAUUAAAGAAUAUAUUUAAAAAAACUGUACUUCUAAUACUUAAUUUAAUCUGCAUCUAGUGAUAAGAUAAAAGAAUAUUUGGAAGGUGAAGAUCCAGAGCCACUCGUCAUUCCUCCGUGUAAUGCUUUUCAAAGGAAGCUUAUCUACCAGACAGUUGAAGAAAGGUAAUAAAAAAAAAUUUCUCUUUAUAGAGCUCACAUUGACAAAAAAAAAAGUUAGAUAAUGAAGUUGGGUACUAAUCAGUUUUUCUUUGAUAAAGAUUUUUUGUAAAAUAUCAUCAUAAUGCUGUUGACAUACGGUUUUAAAAAAUGCCAUAAUUCAGUUCACCUAGGCUUGAAAUAAUCAUAUAUUUCAAUUAGUCUUUGAGAUACAACCUGUAAUAGAUUUCCAUUUUCUUCUUAAAUUAUUAGAUUCCCUCUUGUCCACCUUGAGACAAAAACUGGUCAGAAAAAGGAGAGAUAUAUGUUGGUAAACAGAACCAAAGAUGAAGAGGAAAGACAAAAGAAACAAAUGAACAAACAGGCACUGGAAAAGGCAGGACUUUCAAAAUACCUUAAUUAAGAAAAUAAAAUUAAUUUACACAAAAAAACAACUAAUCCAUAUUUUCUCUACAAUGUAAAUUUUAAUUUAGAGGCAUGUGUUAGAAUUGCAAUACAUGCUUAAGUGUUGCCUGUUUUUUAAAACUAAAAAUAUAAGGUUUUCGCUCAAUUAUAAUUGAUGCAAUUAUGCAUUUAUCAAUGUAGUAAUUAAGUAGUAAUUAAACAUUAUAUUUAAUCAUGGGUUAUAUUUGGUAAAAUUUAUUGGCUAUAUUUGAUAAGUUGAUUAUUAAAUCUAUCACUUUUUAUUCAACUUGAUUUAGAUGGAGUUGGAUAUUCAAGUUGGAUUCUCUAAAGUUAUCAGGGCCAUUGCAGAUUCAGUGAGUCUUUUAAAAUAUCCUUUUACAUUUAAAACAUCAAUUGUAGUCAGAGGAUCUAAUUGAAGUCCAGUGCUAUUAAGUGUUAAUUCCUUUUUUUUAGGGCAAGCUUGUUGUGGGCCACAAUAUGUUUCUUGAUGUUAUUCAUGCUAUCAACCAAUUUCAGUGCCCUCUUCCAGAUGUAAGUUUACUAUCCGUCUUUUUAUUUUCAUAGCUGAGGUAAAAUGAAAUAAAUUUACUUUCAACUUUAUAUUAUAAAUCUUGUUUCUUUUUUUCAACACCACUUUCAAAAUUCCAUUGAUGUGGUAUUAUGUUAUCUUUACAUACUUUACAGAUAGGGAAGUUGAAUAUUUAAAUUAAACUUAUCAUAAAGGAACAAUUUAAAAAAAUUCUAUUUCAUGUUUUUGUUUCUCUGCUUUGAAUUCCAGGACCUUGAAGACUUUAAAACAGUAGUCAAAUCAGUUUUUCCCAGGUAUGGCAACUUUUUUCUAAAUAAAAGAUAUCAAUACCUUGUUUGAUGAUUUAAAAGAUGAUUACUUUGUUUCUCAGUUGAAAAUUAGAACAUUACAGUUUAAUAUUUUAUGUUUCAAGUUUCCAAAUAUGACUGAACUUUUAAUUAUUGUAAAUUAUUUCAAAGUUAACUAUCUUCUGUUAUUCCAGGUUAUUAGACACAAAACUUAUGGCCAGCACGCAGCCUUUUCAGGUAUAAAAAAAUUGUCUUUUUUUACUAUCUAUUUGUAUUCAUACAUUCUGUUGUAGGACUUGAAAAGUAUAUUAUUAUUGGUUAUAUUCUCAUUACACAUACAUUUGAAUUGUCUACGCUCAUAUAACAACUUGUAAACUAUAAGGCUAUUUUGAAAUUAAUCUUAAAAUAUUUUUUUUUCUAGGAAUACAUAAAAUAUUCUGCACUAGAUGAACUGAGAUUGGCUUUGCAAUCAUCCCCCUUUCAUCCCGCCAAGGUUGGUACGUACAUUUAAAAAAAUAUCAUUUACUUUUUACUGUAUUACAUCAACAUGGUAUAUGCAUAUACCCUUUUGAUUUCCCUUUUUAAAAAGGACCUCUUAAUUAGAUCUUAUUGGGUGUCUAGAAAUUAAAUAAUAUACUAAAUCAUUCUCUCUUGAUUUUUAUAGUUACAGCUGAUGGGUUUACUCGCUAUGAUGAUGGAGCUGGUGCAUUUCAUGAAGCUGGGUAUGAUGCUUUUGUUACAGGUUGCUGUUUUGCUACCAUGGCAAAUUACCUAGGUAUGUUUAAACAUAUUAGCAUAUGGUAUAUUUUACUAUUUUUGUGAUCGCUAAGUUAAUAAGUUUCAUUAUGUGAAAUAUUAAAGUUUUAAACUUGUUUCUUUUAAAAAAUUGUAAAGAAGGGAUUUGAUUCAGUACUAAAAUAGCUGAUUUAUUUAAAAAAUUUAGCAUUAUAAUUAGUAAUUCUCUUAUUUAAUUUAUAAUCAUCAUUUUAAUUUUUCUGAACCUUUAAGGUAAGCUUCAGGCUACUCCUGAAAAUUUUACCUUGCCAUCCUCACAACUCAUUCAACCUUUUAUCAACAAGUAAGUAUCACAUGGCAUGUUACUUAAAAUAUAUAAAUUUAGCGUGUUCUGGAUUUACUGAAUGAAUAUCUGAAAUCAAGUAAAUUCUAAAUUUACUUAUGUUUUUAAUAUUGUUUUAAUUUAGGUCUUCAUCUUUUUUAAAUAUAGUGAUUCUUACAAAUUUGCAGUAUAAUCAAUUUAGGGAUGUUUGUUACAGUUGGAUUCGGAGUCCCUGUUAGUUCUGUAUGUACCAAUUUAUUUUAUUGGAAAAUAAUUUCAUGACAUUGCUCCAUUACAUCACAAAUGUCAUCGAUAGAGUUUAAGGUCUGCUAAAAAAUUCCAUAACAUCAGAACAUUCAUGCAUAUUCUGAACUGAUAUUAAUUCAGGUAAUAGUACUCUGAAAUGUUAAUGUUUCUUUUCAGAUUGUUCUUAAUGCGUAUUGCUGAUAUUCCAUACUUAAAUUUGGAUGGACCAGACUGUAAGUUGCUCAUUUUGUGAGAUAAACAUAAAUGCUAUAUAUCAGCAUUUCCCCGGGGCACAGAAAGCAAAAAUACAGGGUUGCAAAAAAAAUUAUUGAAAACCUAGCUAGUUACAGUAUUUGUUAUUUUUUUCCCACAUAAUUCAAUAAGAAAAAGCCUAUAAAGCCUUUGUCCAGCAGCUUUUAGAGUACGCAUCUUUAUUCUGGGACACAUUCACCCAGAAAAGCAUCAACAGGUUGAAGGCGGUCUAGCGACGGGCAGCACGCUUUGCCCUGAACCGCUACAGUAACACAUCAAGUGUUGGCAGCAUGCUGGAAACACUGGGCUGGUCACCAUUGGAGGAACGACAACAACUAUCCAGGCUCUCCAUGAUGUACAAGAUAAAAAAUGGGCUGGUCCAAUGCUCCAGCAUUAAACAGAAACUCGUCUCUCUCCCCCUAGACAGUGACGAGGCCAUGACAGGCAGUUCCGGUUCAUAAAAACAAGAACUCAGCAUAGGAACUGCUCAUUUCUGCCCAAGACAAUACGGGACUAGGACAAGCUUCCAAAAGCAACAGUUGAGGUGACUACACUUGACACAUUUGCGUCUAUUGCCUCCUGUCUGCCAAUCCCGAGUUCAUAAUACAAUAGCUGAGUAGUCCUUGCAACCAGUGAAGUAUCCCCUUCAAAACCAUGCACAGUUACAUCGCGAACACCCCUGAAAUAUAGGAGCCAGAAUUAUCAAUACAUUGAUUGUGAGUCCUCAAAGUAUAGAAGAAGAAGAAGAAAAAAUACAAGCAAGAAGAGACCUUUUGAAAUUAAGACCUAAUGAAGUGGUGCAUAUUAUCGUUAGGAUAUUCCCAUCAUAUCACAACAAAGGAAGGUGGGGACAUCAUAUCUUUAUUUUGAGCAUCACCUACUCAGUCCAAGGCCGUUUAUUCUAUUUCCGUUAAAUAUACAGGCAUGUACAGGACAAUAGACAAUCUAGUUUGAGUUUUAUAUUCCUGCUAUAUUCAUCUAGGCACAUUUGAGAAUGUAAAAGCAUAAGGCACUGCAAAUGGGUAAAGGAGAAAUUAUGGGAAUUAAAAAUACACAUUUUAGUGGCUUACGAAGUAGAAAUAUAGAAAUAACUGGGAUAUGAUAAAAAAAUGUUGGGAAACACUGCUUUAUUUAAAACAUUACCAAGAUCUCCAGUUAUUAAAAUUUCCAGCAGGUACCAUGCUGCUUUUACAAUUUUAUCAAAUCUUUUUUUAAUUUUUUAUUUCAAUGUAGCCUAGUUGAUAUGAGCUAUAUUAAGGAAUUUUGAAGAUGUUGGUAACUAAAUAAAAUUUAAGUACUAAUUGAUAGUUUUUAAAAUCAGUUAAAAAUGGAUUAACUUCUCAAAAUCAUUCAUUUUACCAUACAGACCAAUGGAAGUUUGUCAUGUCCUAUCUAUUUAAAAAAUUAUUUAUUUUUUUUGCAACAACUUAAUUAAAAUCAAACAAAUUUUAAAACUUUUUUAGUGGAAGUAAGCAGAGACCAUGUAUUCCACAUAACAUUUCCAAAAGAAUGGAGAAUAUCUGACUUACAAAGUCUUUUUCAACCAUAUGGUAAGUGUUAUGUGUUGAGUGCUAGCAAACAAUUAUUUCCUUUGUUAUUGCGUUUUAAUAAUUAUUUUCUUCUAGUUUUUAAAGAAAUUUACUGAAUGGAUUUUAAUGUCUGUAUGAAUGGAAAUGAAUUCGUAAUCAUUUUCAGUACUGAACCCAUAUCAUAUACUUUCAAUAUGACUAUGUAAUUAAUCAUACAUUUUGCAGGUAACAUUCAAAUUUCUUGGCUAACUGAUACAACAUGUUAUGUAGCACUAUACAAAAAGGAAAAUGCAAAGAUAGGUUUGUUAUUUUUUAUUAUUGUAAUGAGUACAAUUUUUUAGUUAACAACUUUUACAGACUUAACUCUACUAGAAGCUAUUUUUAUUUCCAAAUGUCAUUCAUUUCUGUUGAUCAUUUUGAACCAUAAUUCAUUGCCUAUUUUCACAUGAUAAACAAUUUUCAAUUAAGUAACCAAGUAUUGUACAGUUAACUUAAAUUUUUCAAACAAAUUUAUUAUUCAUGUAAAUUUAUUUUGUUUUUCAUUACCAGCCAUGAAAGCCCUUUCACAAGACAUGGGCACCUAUCACAUUGUUUCCUAUGCCUUUCAUCACCGCAACAAAAAUUUAAGGUGGACUGCAGCCUCAGCAGGCACACCUGUAUCUUCACCAAUCACUCCACUAGGGAAGAGGAAAUUUGUACAAAGUGAUGGUGAUGUACCUCCUCUAAAAGUCAAGCGACAUUCUUUACCAAAUGAGUGAGUUAAUAAUUUGAUUGACACUUUUAAUAUCUAAAUAUUGUAAGUUUUUCAUUUACAAAACUGUAGAAUUGUCAUAAAUCACUCACAAAUUAAAGACAUGUAGAUCAGGAAAUAAAUCCAAAUGAAUAAAUAAUUUAUCUAAAUACAAACUUUAUAAUAUUGUAAAAUGAAAAUAUAUGAAUAAAUUAUUUUAAAUAUAAUAUAAAACUUUUUAUAUAGAAUACAGGGUAAAUUAUAAUAUUAACAUUUCUUGUUUGUAUAACAAUGAAAAUAUAAUGAAUACAAAUUAAUUCAGUUUUUAAGAUGUAGAAAUCUGUAACUAAUUCCUUUGUGCAUUUUUAGUUAAUGUUUUUUAAUGUUUGUUUGCAGAUCAUUUCAGCCCAUACCUGAAGAAGAUGAAAGUCUAGAUCACAGUACUGGUAAAAUUGAUAUAAAUGACACCACAGAGAGUAAUCACAACAUCAGCCAUUGUUCAGGUAAAUCACUACACUGUGUUAUAUAUUUAGUUGACCAGUUAUCAAUUUAAAGGUUUAGUUUUUAAAACCUGAGAGGGGGAAAAAAAAGGGGGGGGGGAGAAAUAAAAUUUACACUAUGAUCUGCAUCAAGCAUCAUACAUGUUUUGGUAGGAAAACUGUUGGAAAAGUAAAAUGCAGAAAACAUUAAUUUAUGUUUAAUUAAAUACAGAUAAGACUUCAUGUGUUUGCUUACAAAUAAUUAGACAAGCUAAAUGACAAGAAGAUAUGACAUUCAAAUAUUUAAAAAAACGGAUGGAAGUUUUUUGAAGUACAACAAGGGAUCAACUUUAUGUUACAACAAGGGACCAACUUGUGUAUGUAAUUCUUGUCAUUAUAUUAACAUGGCAAGAUAAUGCAUAAGUUGUUCAAAGCUUCUGGACAAUUGCUAUAUUGAAAGGCAGUAAACACUAUUUCGAAAACCUCUCUACCGCUACCUUUUUAACAAAAACAAAUUACAUUUUUAGAACAAUUUUAGUGCCGUUCCUCUUUAUUAAUAUUGCUCAGGUGUGUUUACAAUAAAGAUAAACAUUUCUAUAACAGUUCGUAUGAUGCUAUGUAACAGUUACAGGCAAAGCUGGUUGGUUAUUUUUGUUUGUGCUGUAAUGAGAUGAGGCAAAAACAGAAGUGUCUGCCUAAACUUUUGCUGUCAGUUAGUUUAUUAUAGAUUAGAAUAGUUGAAGAUAUUAUAUAUUUUUUAAAGUAACGCCCAGACCUGUCAGCAAAGGUAGUUGAAUGAAACAAAAUUAAAAAAAGGAUAAACUGUCCCUGUGCUUCACAUUAUAUUUAGAAGAGAAUCUCCCUCAAUAGUUCUGUCAAAAUUGUUUGAUUACAGUCGAACCCACUUAUCUCGACCUCGGUUAACUCGCCAAACCUGUUAUGUCGACUUUUUGGAAGUGGAACCACCAAAUUCUCUCUUUGUCUUAGCAUUUUCUGCUCGGUUAUGUCCAUUCUUUUAUGUCGCCGAACCCUGAUAUCUCGAGCACAAAAGACGGCCAAAUUUGCCACUUAACCUCAGUUAUCUUGAUCCCCAUGACCAACCGCCAUAUUUUGAUAAUUAUAUACAACAGAAACGUGCCUACUUCAAAUUGUAGUAAUGGAAAUAAAAUGACCAUAUUGUUGGCCGCGCAAUUAACUUGACACAGCAAGGAGCGAGAGCCUUGCAAACAAAAGAGAUACCGUGGUACCUGUUCUUUUUAUAGAAAACCCGUUUGUCGCUUAAUAGGCUUUCACGGGUUCUUAUAUAUUGUUUUUUUUUUAAAACCCAGAAUCCGUAUUUGAAUAAACUGAACUGGCGAAUCCGGUGCAAGAGAAAUAAAAACUGGCGUAUUUGGAGCUGAAAAAUAUUUAGCCUCACAAAUCCAGAAUUCCAGGAUAACCCGGAAAAGUGGCACCUCACAUAUGCCUUGGGGGCCAUCCAUAAAAGACGUCCACCAAUUUUUUGCUAUUUUUUUUACCUCCCUCCCACCCCCCCCCCCCUACCGAACUUAAAUUAAUGAAUAUUUUGGGAAAAUGUACAACAAUAUAAAGAGUAUGUAUUUACAAAGAUUUUUUUUAGAAAUUCCAAUUAUUUGCAGGCAAAAUUCUAAAUGAAAUAAUAACUGUUCAAAAAGAUUUAAUGAAUCACUGUAUUAAAAAUGUAAUAAACAAAUAAUCCACCAUUCUUCAAUCAACGGAAAAUUCGGACUGCAGCCAUUCAAACAUGUUUCGUAUAAUGACAACAUUUGUUCUUGAGUCUUCAAUUGCUAAUUCAAUUUGAGUGGCAGUCUCUUCGUCUGCCAUAAUAUGCUCACUAGCAGGAAUAUUGCAAUGGACGACCUUAUCUUUUUUCAUUGCCGCCUGUGAUGGGAAAUAUUUACCGCAGAAACAUAUUCUCUUGGAAAUUCUCCCAGCCACCGAUGGACAAUAGAGAUCAAAAGGCAUGCUACUGUAACUGUGAUCGGGCUCCAGACCAAUCAGUGCAAGCCUCUGGAACAGUGAUCCAUAAGUACCACUACUACUACCAAUAGCUGCAGCCAUGACACCUGCUUCAUGACUAAUAAAAGGUACCGGAGCUGGAAUGAAGCGUUUGGGAAAUAGUUCAUUACAGUUGGUUUGUCUUGCUCCACAGCAUGUUACAUUAUUACAUUUGAUGAUCUGCAGAGAAUGUUGAGACUGUUGCACAUGAUUCCAACACCAAUUCACGGAGGGAGACGGAAGAUUUGUGCUUGUGCUGCUUGGUUCAACAUACUGUGCGUGCACAUUAUAGUAUAGCCAUCAAUGACAGCCUGACCCCUAACUUCAGCGAGUAUUUCCCCUGCCUUUUUAAAGUUUGCUUUUUCCAAGUUUUGGUCUAUAGUUUAACCAUUUGCGUCCAAGUGGGAUCCAAAAUGAUCAUGAGGAAGAAUGAGGCCUGACAGUUCAUGAGACAAAGGGGCCAUUCGUCGUUCCACCGCAUUGUAGGCACUGUGACCCGGAGCAUUACACGCUAUAAAGAAAGCAUCAAGAUUGUGCUUGGUAAACAAUUUAUGCGCAGCAUUCAAUGUUUUUGGAUAACGUGGGUUCUCGUAUGGGCCUCCGUCAACGGUAAUAAUUACUAUAGGCUUUACUAGUCCACCAUUUGUACAUGCCACAUUCUUGAAAAUAUCAAGAGAGACAAGUACAUCAAAAUCUGCAACAUGUGAUGCAGCAGUACUGGAAUCAUGUUUACCACUCCUUAUUGAUAUGCAUGUUGGUCCGGAAUAGGUCACACGACCAUCCUUGAUAAUACAUGCAGCAUAAACUGAAAUUUGUUUUUUAGAUUAAGAUUGUAUUUUUAAAUUUAAAUAUAUUUUUACAUUUUUUAGGAAAAUAAUUUGUUGUCCUAUAUCUAAUUUUUUAAUAAUUUAAGAUUGUAUUUUUAAAUUUAAAUAUAUUUUUACAUUUUUUAGGAAAAUAAUUUGUUGUCCUAUAUCUAAUUUUUUAAUAAAAAAUAAAGUCAAAUUCAAAUAUUCCAGUCAUUUUUAACCCCAACACAAAAUAAAAAUCAUUAAAGAUUUUCUGGAAAAACUCUAAGAAUUUAACAAAACUGUUAUUUGAGAUUUUAUUGUAUUUGACAAAUCAAACUUUAACAACAUAUUUUUAAAAUAAUAUUCAAGCGUAUCAAUUAUUAAUAUUGAAAAAAUCUUUUCUAAAUUUAACCACUCAGUUUGUGAAAGAUUUGUUUGGGUUUGCAUCCCAACUCUUUUGUCAUUAAACUAGAAGUUUUUAGCAGUAAAUUUAUGCAAAACUGCUGCACUCAAAAAAACACUACAAUUACAAUGUGGACAUCCACUUUGUCCUAAACCCCCUCCCCCCUUGUCCCCUUUAGUCCACUUUUUGCUGUUAGCAAACAUGUGUGUACAUUUUUAAAGCAUGCCGAUCGCUUCAUCAAACAAAUCACGGUAACGCUGUUGUGUAACAAAAAAAAAAAAAUCCAAAAACACAUGCAUGUACAUUCUCAUUUAUAAACGCACAUCGUGUACGAAAGAAAUUUCAAGCACAUGUUAAUAUAUUGCCGUCAUAUUGGUUUUCAGUUAUCUCGAUCAUCAGUUAUCACGACGCUUUUUGGCAAACCCCGGGGGUUCGACUGUAUUUCUAACUUUAAUUAAUGAAGCUACUUAAUGAAAACUUACUAAAUAGAUUUUGAUUUAUUAUACUAAAAAUUAAAAUUUCAAUGGCUUUGCACCUGUUUCAAUUACUGAGAUUAGUAAGCAGAAUGGCAUGCUGGUUCCAUUGGAUAUUAAAGUUAAAAGUAUGUUAAAAUAUUCAUAAUUCUGAUAAUAGAUCCUCACAUAGCAUUAGAGAAAAAUGUAGCUAUUUAAAUGGAAAGUUUUUUGAUAAUUUGAGCAAUUUUUAUGUUAUUAAAGAGAUUAUAAAUGUAUGAAUUUAUACACUUCUCUACCAUAAUUUGUUUCUUACAUAUAUUUUUUAAUCAACAGAUCAUACAGGCUUUGUUAGCUAGCAGAUUAUAUUUUAUUUUGAAUUGCAAUUAAUUUAUUCUAACAACAGAUGGUCAUUCAAAGGAAGUGGAUCCAGUUACGGAAGAGAAAGAGAAACUCUUUGAAGAAUCUGAUGCUUGGUAAACUAUGUGAUUACAUUUAAUAAAUUAAUUCAUGUGUUUUUUAACAUUUUUGGGGACAUCUAAAAAGCUAUUAUUUGAUCGUAUUUUAUAUGUAAAAGUGGGAACGAAACGAGCAAUUGAUGGAUCUUGUCAAUGAAAUUGUGUGGCUUAUGUGAAUUAUUUUUAGAUGAGCAGUGAAGCAUUACACAGGCAUAAGCUGUCUUGGGAUGCUCCAGUCUAAUUACUUUUCAGUUAUCUAUUUUAAUUACCAUUUCUCAGAUAUAUUCAUGACCUCUUAGCUGAUCCACUAUAUAUUUAAGAUGGCACAUAAAAACAAAGACAAGUUAUUAGAUAUAAUUUAUUUAAACCUUUUUGAUCCAUAAAAUAAAUACAUAUUUUAUAUUUUCCCAUUUAUUGUUCAUUUUAAGCACCUUUGCCAAGAAAUUAAGUGCAUAAAGUUAACAUUGCUUUUUGAUCUAUACUAAGAAACAAAUAGGCGAGUGAUGUAAAUGCAGGAUUUACCUUUAUAUGAAAUCAUUGUUUAUUUUUAUCUUAAAUAAUACUCUUUUCUUGUUACGAACAUUUUUUUUUUAUUUUAAACUUGCAAACUUUUUUUUUGUUUGCUGUUGGCAGCUUAUCUUCACGGUUAAUGUCAAAAAAAAUGAUGACAAAUGUUUUAUGUGCCACCUGAAAACUUAACGCAAUUAAAGGGAUUUAUUUUUUAUUUUAUUUUUAUAUUCAACUAUUUUAUGGAUUAAAAUGUCUAUUUUAUUUUAAAAAGCUAAUUUUUAAAAAUGUUAACUUAAUCUAUAUCUAUUUUUGAUUACCACAAAAGAUAAGAAUCAACUCACUUUGUCUAAAUCUCAACUACUAUAACAGGGGUCUGCAACCAAAGGGACGUGUGCCAGACUUGGCACACAGAGCGAUUUUCAAUGGCAUAAAGAAGCCAAAAAGUAUUAAUAAAUGACUAAAGAAUGCAUCUUAGACUUAUAGGUUUAUGGCAGGCUGAAUGAAUAAGAAAUCAUACUUUACACAUCAUUACCAAAAGGUUGCUGACUCCCUUUAGAGUGCUUGUUAACACUUAGGAAAACAAAAGGAGCUCUUCAUCUUCAGGAAUACGCAGCUACAACUUGGUGAAACAGUAUUUAUUUUUGUAAUUUAGAAUACAUUUUUUAUCAUCCUAAAAUAUAUUAUCAUGUUAUAUUUGUAUCACAUUAAAAAUCAGUGCUCAAAUUUAUUGAUGCUAUCAUGUAUAUUUACUGUUCUCAAUGGUCAGAAAAAAAAAAAUUUUUGUUGUUUCUAACUGCCAUUGCUAAAAAGAUCUGCUUAUCACGUUUAAUAAAUUGCUUGAUUUUUGCAUACUGUUGUUGUAGUGUCAAAGUGAAAUAAAAACUAUGGUAAGCCAUGGCAUUGUUUCUUUCAUGUGUUCAUUAG